GACAGAGAGAGGUGGGGAGGGGGUACAGAGGGGCUAUGGGGUCCCCAGAGGUCCCCAAUAGCACCAGAGUCAGUGCAGGUGGUGACCGGGGCCGUGAGGUGGUGGUGGGGACAGGAGAGGGGGGUCAGGACAGGAGGGACAGGAAUGUGGGGAGAGGCAUCCUGGGACUGGGGCAGCUGUGGGGAUAGGGACAGGGACACAGGGAUGCAGGGACAGGGAAGAAUCAUGUGGAUGGGCCAUGGGGACAGUGGCCAUGGGGCUGGUGGGGGUGACCCGUGCCAGCACGGGGUCCCCAUGCCUGGGGUGUCCGCAAGGUUGCCUUGUCCUGCCUGAGCAUGGGGUAGCCCCGGUGUCUCCAUCUCCAAGACAUUUGUGCCACACCAGUGUCUGCACAGGGACAGUUUGGAGACAGCCCCUACACCCCGUGCCCCUGUGCCUCUGUCCCCAGGAUGCCACCCCCACCCAGCCCUGUCCCUUUUCCCUUCCAGCCCAGACCCUUGGCCUCAUUGGCACUCAGACCCUCCAGAUCCUCGUGGAGCCCCCCUGGACACCAGCGGUGCUGUGGGACCAGGUGACACUGACCUGCCCGGUCUUGGGGACCGGCGGUGUCACCACCUGGUACAAAGAUGGGCAGCGCUGGUUACAGGAGGGACCCAACCGCCUCCUUGUCACUGAGAGUGGCACCUAUGAGUGUGACAGACGUGGCACCGGGCGCAGUCCCUCCGUGACCAUCUCAGACGCCCGGUUGGUGCUUCAGGUGCCAGCACAGGUGCUGCUGGAGGGGGACGCUGUGACACUGCGCUGCCGGCGCUGGCGGAACAAAUCGGUCACUGGAGUGCGAUUCUACAAUGGGGGCAAGGAGGUGGGGAGACCCCUCAGUGGGACCGAGCUGUCCCUGUCCCUACUUCAGAUGAACCAUAGCGGCCACUACAGCUGCGGAGGCUGGGUGGACUCUGAGCUGUCAUCGUGGGCACACUCAGUGCUGGUGACAGUGACAGUGCACGAGCUCUUCUCGGUGCCGGUGCUGGAGGGUCCCCCCGAGCCUACCGAGGGGUCCCCCCUGACUCUCAGCUGCCUCAGCACCCCCAGCCCCCUGCGGCCCCAAGCCUCUCUCCUGCACGUGUUCUACCGGGAUGGGCAGGUGGUGGGGGGCCCGCAGUGGUCCCCGCAGCUGCUGGUGCCUGCCGUGGGGGUCUCCCACUCGGGGAAUUACAGCUGCGAGGUGCACUCCAAGGUGGGGGCUGUACGGAAGAGCAGCGCCCGGCUCCGCAUCACGGUGCGCAGGGCCCUGCUCUCAGGUGUGUCCCUGUCAGUGCAGCCCCCGGGGGAACAGGUGGCACUGGGGGACCACCUGGUGCUGAGCUGCUUGGUGGCCAUGGGGACAGGUCCCCUGUCCUUCUCCUGGCAUCGGGAGGGCUCGAGAGCACCGCUGGGCACCGGCCCCCGCCUGGAACUGCGCCACAUUGGGGACAAUGACAGCGGUCGCUAUCAUUGCCGGGCCAGUGAUGGGGACAAUAUGGCAGAGAGCCCCACAUUGAACAUCACUGUCCUGGUGCCUGUGGCCAAUGCCACCAUCACCCCAGGUCCCCUGUCACACCAGGUGUGGUCAGGUGACCCUGUCACCCUGAGCUGCUCGGUGCAGGUGGGCUCAGCCCCUGUCACCUACACCUGGCUGCACAAUGGGCAGGAGGUGGCCCGGGGUCCCCUCCUGGAGUUCAGGAAUGUCGAUGUGGGACAUUCGGGCACCUACCAGUGCAUGGCCACCAACCAACUGGGAAAGGACGGGCACCGCGUGUUCCGGGCACUCAGCCCAGAGCUGGCACUGGAGGUGACACCACCGGCACACAUGGACACAGCAGUGGCUGCAGGGGUCAGUGUGUCCCUCUUGUUCCUGGUCCUGCUCGUGGGUGUCAUUGGAAGCUGGCACCGGUGUCACCACCUGGACUCCUUCCGACACCCCCUUUUCCCCACAGGGCCCCACCAGCCACUCUGGAGGAGGGGAAGGUGCUGGACAGCAAAGAUAUGAUCACCAAGAGGGCAAGGAGGCCCCCCCUCAUCUCCCCCCUCCAGCACCCCCUGGUGACCUAUCCCAAGCUGCUGCGACCCCAUGAGCAGCCACGGGACGACAGUGACAUCUAUGAGAAUGUGCAACGACACUGAGGAGAAGGGGAGCACUGGGGGCACUGGGGUUUCCCCCUCUACAUGUCCUGUUGUUUCCCAUCCUGUUUGAGAGCAGGUCACAACUUGGGGUGGGGGUGGCUGCACAAGCACCAAGUGCUUCCGAUUCCCCAGCCCAAGUAAUAAGGCAAUACCCUCUCCCACUCCCAGUGCCCCCAGGUACUCCCCACUCCCCCUCCCAGCACUCCCAGUAUCCUCAGGGGCUCCUUACUCCUCUUCCCAGUACCUCUCUAUUGCUCUCAGAGAAUUCAGGGGCUCCCCAUUCCCUCUCUUAGUACCCCUAUGAUCCCAGGGGCUUCCCAUUCCUCCUCCCAGCACUCUUUCUUGGUUUAGAGACAAAUUUAGGGGAAAAUGCUCUGGAAUGAGUGUUUCCUCUAAAGAGAAGGGCUUCAGUAACCCCUUUUGCCAAUGAGAAAAAUGAAUGCCAGUGAGUGGAAGUAAAAAAAAAACCCUCUUUAUUUACAAAUGAA